AUGUCAUCGGCAUCUUCGACAGCGGCUGCUAAACCGGUGUCGUUCACAUCCAAGCAGAUCCAACAAAUGGUGAGCUUCAUCUGCCAAGAAGCGGAGGAGAGAGCUAACGAGAUCUCUGUUUCAGUUGAUGUAACAGCAGUUCCAUUUUGUUUCUUUGCGGUGAGGAAGAAGAGUGGUUUGGCAAAAGGAAUCAAGAGUGCAAUUCCUAGAGUUCAAACGAACAAUGUACCAACAAGAUGGUCACUUGCAGAGAUAAAAUCAGCUACAAUGGGGUUUUAUAAGAGCCGAAUCAUCGACAAGGUGCUUCAAGGAUGGUGUUGUGAGGAAUCUGAGUUGGUCUUGGUCUAUGAGUACUUGUCCAAUGGAAGCCUCUACCAACACAUUCACAAAACCUCAGUUUCAUCAACAACUACCCUUUCAUGGAGCUUGAGAUUAAAGAUAAUACACAGAGAUGUGAAAACUUGCAACAUCAUGCUUGAUGACGAGUUCAAUGCCAAGCUCGGAGAUUUCGGUUUAGUCGAAGUCUUCGGAGUGGUUGUCCUGGAGGUGGCUACGGGAAAGAGGCCCGUGGAUGAGAAUGGAACCGUGUUGGUUGACUGGUUGGGACCUGUACAAUGUUUUAGAGAUGGAAAGAUUGUUUGUGAGAACACCUUGGAUGCACGGUUGGAUGUUGCAUUCAAUAAAAAGCUUCCAGAGAUACACAAGUGGCUCUUUUUGGUCAGGUUGGUGCUUGAAGGGUAG